AUGUCCGCCUCCGACUUCCGAGCUUCUUCAGCUGAAAAAACAGGUGUCAUUCCUGGGCUUGUUUUCCAGGAAGAUGCUGCAAUGCUUGGCAGUGAUCGGCCGUCACCUGUCGGUCAUACAAAGGACCAUUCGUCGUUCAUCUCGGGGCAACAAUGUGUGAAUGUGUUGGCCACAUCAAAGCUGGUUAAUCAAGCCACCUCAAAGGCGAGCCUCGAAGACUCUGUCACGAACGAAUCCUAUCCAAUGGAUAAACUUUUGGCCAGACUCUCGGAGCAAAAAGCUGUCCUUAGUCGGCAGAACGAGGCUCUGAAAUCCGUAGAAGAUGACUCUCAGACGUGUCAGCGGCUACCCGCCCACGUUUCCUCCACCAACUCGUUGCCCAUCACACCGGCCACAGAAGGAUUCUCGUCUACAGCACCUAGUACUCGUCCGGCGAGUGCGACUCUGGAUGGACCACGUUCUGACUCGGAUGAAAUCCUUCGACUGAAGCUUCAACUCGCACAAGCUCAGAACAAGAUUUCUAAACUAGACCAAGAGCUGGCUACCCGAUCCCAGAAAGGUGACACUGACAUAUCGGUUACCAAUGCUGGUCGGUGCAGUGGCAACACCUCGCGCGAGAAUGCUUGGGCCACCACGGAUGAUGAACAAUCUGACGCCAGUGAUGCCACGUCUGCCACGACGUUCGGCCGUGCCAAGGGUAUCUGGGAGAAUGCCAAAGGGUCCAUUGCCAGUAAUGCUCUUCAAGGAACGGUCAACGAGCCACAGCCCGGGACCUGGCCCGGGGGCCGUGGAUUCAAUCAAGGAUUCUCUGAUGCGAGCACUGCGUACCAAAUGAUGGAUGGCUAUCGGGGAGAUCGCCUGAGUCCCGACUCGGACCUGAUCAUGCAUCAGUCCACAAGAGGCCGACCUCAUCGUUUUGAUCACCGGGUCCACAACUCUCAUCAUCUGCCAAACGUUGUUUACAACCCUGUGAGCGUUGGUCAAAUUGGCCAGUUUGAGGCGAUGGGAGGCACCAUGCAGACUGGGACUUUACAUCCACCACCAGGUCUCGGCACUAUUGGCUUGGGAACCUAUUCAGGUUAUCAGCAGCAGCCUGUUGGCACUCCACUGUCUCCUCACGCAUCUGAAUUUACAUCCAAGACGAAUUGGAAGACUGAAGGACUUUCUACUGAUGGCCCGACAUAUUUGCCCCCAACUGAACCUCUCAAUUAUCGACGUCUUCUCGACCGUAAUGUGACUUGCAAUUGGAAAUACAUAGUCGAUAAGAUUGUGUGCAAUAAUGACCAACAAGCUUCCAUAUUCCUACAGCAGAAAUUAAAAGUCGGCACACCUGACCAGAAAUACGACAUUGUAGAGGCUAUCGUGGCCCAGGCUUAUCUACUGAUGGUGAACAGAUUUGGUAACUUUUUAGUUCAACGAUGUUUUGAGCACGGCACUCCGGAGCAGGUGAUUAAGAUUGCACAAGCGAUUCGCGGCAACACUCUCAAUCUGUCCAUGGACCCCUUUGGUUGCCACGUGGUGCAAAAGGCCUUUGACUCGGUUCCGGAAGAGUACAAGGCAGUCAUGGUCCAUGAACUCCUUCGCCGCAUUCCCGAAACAGUGAUACAUCGAUAUGCUUGCCAUGUAUGGCAGAAGCUCUUUGAGCUUCGAUGGACCGAAUCUCCGCCUCAAAUUAUGAAAUUCGUCAAUGAAGCUUUGCGAGGCAUGUGGCAUGAGGUAGCUUUGGGUGAAACCGGCAGCUUGGUGGUGCAAAACAUAUUCGAAAAUUGUUUGGAGGAAGACAAGCGCCCGUGCAUCGAAGAAGUACUCGCCAAUAUUGAUAUCGUGGCACACGGUCAAUUUGGCAACUGGUGCAUCCAGCACAUUUGCGAGCACGGUGCGCCUCCUGAUCGUGGCAGGGCUGUCGACCACGUCAUUCGUUAUGCCGCCGAAUACAGCACGGAUCAGUUUGCGUCCAAGGUGGUGGAAAAGUGCCUAAAGAUUGGCGGAAGCGACUUUCUGGGACGCUACCUGGACCGCGUUUGCGAAGGCCGCUUGGAUCGAACCCGGAUCCCGCUGAUCGACAUUGCCAGUGACCAGUACGGCAACUAUCUUGUGCAGUGGAUUCUCAACAAUGCUACGCCUCAGCAUCGGGAGAUGGUGGCGGCUCACAUUCGGAAGCACAUGGUGUCUCUUCGUGGGUCCAAGUUUGGAUCUCGCGUCGGCAUGCUGUGUACUAACCACGCCGUCACUACUCGGCCUGGACCAGGUGUAGGGCCCGGAAUGGGUGGUCGCAUGGGCCCUGGCCCGCGUUUUGGAGGUGCAUAUCGUUAA